GCCUCACCAUCCAGUUUGAAGGGCUCUUCUUCAGGAAGCAGCGGCAUGUCUGUGGUUAGCAUGAAUGACUCUCCAGCCAGCCGCCAAGCUGCAGCUAAACUAGCCCUGCGGAAACAACUGGAGAAGACCCUCCUGGAGAUUCCCCCACCCAAGCCCCCUGCCCCAGAGUUUAACUUUCUGCCCUCUGCAGCCAAUAAUGAGUUUAUCUACCUGGUGGGACUGGAAGAAGUGGUACAGAAUCUGCUGGAUACCAUUCACAGAGGAAAGACAGGUGUAGCACUGUCAAAGCCCAAUGUCAGAGACCCCUUCAUCUGCACCCAGUGCAACACUGACUUCACCUGCCGCUGGAGGCAGGACAAGACAAAAGGCGGGGCAGUCCUCUGUGAACACUGCAUGUCAUCCAAUCAAAAAAGGGCUUUGAAAGCUGAGCAUACCAAUAGGCUGAAAGCUGCAUUUGUCAAAGCACUGCAACAAGAGCAGGAAAUAGAGCAGCAUAUUAUGCAGCAGACGUCCUCACCAGUCUCCCACAGUAGCUCCUCGUCCUCUUCAUCUGCCUCUUCAGCGAUGAAAGUAGAGCAGCUGGUGUCUCAGCAGCUGAAGCAGGCUCAGGCCAGAGCGUCGUCCCUCCAGCACCACCACCAGGCCAACCGAGGAGCCAACAUUCUUCACCGUCACUCAAUCAAGCAGAGCUCCCAUGGCCAGCUGUCCCAUGGUGUCUCAUCAGUGGGGUUGAGGGGCGUCCCCCACUCCUUCUCCUCCUCCUCCCAGCUGCAGAGCGCGGUGGCGGCUGCAGCUUUGGUCAGCCGGCCAGGUAAGCAUGACCAUGUUUCCCACCGCUCUGUCCAGAGUUCAAAGGUGAGCAGCAGUGGAAUCGACGGCGGCAGGAAUUUCAGCGGAGGUAGUUCCUCAUCCACUGCAUGGAAGAAGCAGAGCAACAGCAAUACAGGAGUCACUAUGGCCUAUGUGAACCCCAGCCUGACAGGUCACAAGACGUCAGCCACCGUCGACGCUCGUCAGAGGGAGUACCUGCUGGACAUGAUCCCCUCUCGCUCGUCGAUCUCGCAGACUGCAAAUACAUGGAAAUAAUUGAAACCGUACUCUACUAUUCAUUAGUAGUUUUUGUUAGAGUUCCUCAGUUCCAAUAAUACGGUCAACAGCAACCCCCGGAGGACUGUUAAGCAAAUACAAUCUCCUAAAGUGAAGAAACGUUCCUUCCUUACCUUUUGUAUGAUUGUUGUUUUAGUUUUAUUAUUUUGUAUUGUUUAUUUUGAGAUGCGCUGUUCUUUGGUAAUUGUGCAGAAACCGUUUUGAUUAUAGUGGGGCAAAGAAAAAACAUAUACUUGAAGGGCUUCCCUGGGUACUUGUGUCCUCCAGACUGGGUGGUUCAGUCAUGGUGUGAUAAGAGGUUAUGUCUGCAUUGAGUACUUUGAUAAAAAGGAGUGCUCUGCCAUGAUGUGGGUCAACCUGACCCAACCUUUUGACACUUGAAUGGUUAUAAUCAUACCCAAAAGUUCACAUAUAACAAAAUACACCAUUUAUUUUAAACAAAAACAAAAUAAGUUGUAAAUGUUCAGUACAUCACCCCUGUAGUUAAAUGUUUGAAUUUAUUUUCUAUUUACAAUAAGUUAUUUUUUUUGAAUUGUUGUUAAAAAUCACUCAAAAUAUUGUGGUUUCUACAAAUGAAGAGUUUAUUCUAGCUUUGUUUUUGUUUAACAGCAUGCCUACCCUUAAACCCCUCUGUUCAUUUUGCACCUUAGCUGAAGAAGCAUGGUGUCAUUGCUCAAUUCAUCUGUAAUUACCAUCUGUAAUUUGCUUAUUUUAUAUUAAUGUCAACAUUGUAAGAUUAUUUUGAGUGUUAUGCUGUUGCUGAAAAAAUGCAAAUUGAGCUGACUUUGUCUUACUGGAGCCACAGAUCUUGCCUCCGAUAUAUUCAACUAUAAUUCCUACUAUUUGCGACAUAUACUUAGCCCUGAAUCAGUUCUUAAAGGGAAGGUCUCCCAGCUACCAAGAUCCUGGAAUACACAAGAACAUCUUUAUCUCGUACUCCUAACCAUAUUGUGUAAUUUCUCUACUUCCCAAUUUUAUCUGCAUUGUACAAACUUAUGUUAACGUUUUAUUUGGUUUACUUUUUUCCUAGCUCCUACAGAAAUAAUAAAAAAUAUAAAUUUUAAA